GCUGCUUCAAGGACGAAUUCUGCAUCAGAAGCGCACGCAAACCCGAACUGCGCAAUUGCGCGAUGCAUUCAUCAAGGGUUGCGAGGCAUUCAUAGGGUUGCGACUCGCGAGGGAUUGCGCGAUUAAAAGUCCAGUCUACAGAUUUCGCGUUCCAACAGCUCGGAUGGAUUAUGCCAACUCUUCGAGGAAUAAACGGAGGUCAGAGUCAUGGAGAGCCGUGCAUCGACCAGCCGUGCACAGCUGGAUAUCACGUCCAGGGUUACAACGUCCAGUACAAGUUGUACUGACACAAUUUAGUUCCCCGUAAUGAACUGUCCAAGAGUUGAGGUACGAAGUUGGAGGCUUUAAGAGCGGGGAACACCAUGCACACCGCAGAGCUCGCGCUCUCUUUCCUACUCGUCGUGAUCAUCGUAGUGUCGCUGCUGUCCAACGUGCUGGUGCUGAUCUGCUUUCUGUACAAUGCCGAAAUUCGCAAGCAGGUUCCUGGGUUGUUUAUACUCAACCUGACGUUCUGCGACCUGCUUCUGUCCGCCUCCAGCAUGCCGCUGACACUUUUCGCGGUUUUGAGUAAUGCACAUCCCGGAGGACACGUUUUCUGUCAGGUGGUCGGGUUUCUGGACACUUUCCUGACCACAAACUCCAUGCUGAGUAUGGCUGCGCUCAGCAUCGAUCGGUGGGUUGCUGUGGUGUUCCCUCUGAGUUAUCAUUCCAGGAUCCGACACCGGGACGCUGUGCUCGCUCUGGCUUACACGUGGGUGCACUCCUUGUCCUUCUCUGUGGUUGCCGCGUGCCUCUCCUGGGUGGGCUACCAUCAGCUGUACGCUUCGUGCACGCUCUGUAACGGCAGGGCGCUCCAUUCCAAGACGCAGUUCGCGAUUUACACGCUGGUGCUGCACACGCUCACGUUCCUGCUGGUAUCAGUGGUGCUCUGCGUCACGUACCUGAAAGUGCUCAAAGUAGCGCGCUUUCACUGCAAGCGCAUAGACGUGAUCACCAUGCAAACGCUCUUAUUGCUAGUGGACAUUCACCCGAGUGUUCGUCAGCGCUGUCUGGAGGAGCAGAAAAGGAGGAAACAGAGAGCCACCCGCAAAAUUAGUACCUUCAUCGGAACCUUCGUCAUCUGUUUCACCCCUUACGUCAUCACCAGGAUCGUGGAGCUGUUUAUGACAGAGCCAUUUAAUCCAUAUUGGGGCGUGCUGUGUAAGAGUCUGGCUUACAGCAAAGCUGCAUGCGACCCUUUCGUCUACUCUCUUCUGCGACACCAGUACCGGAAAACCUGCAGUGACAUAAUCAAUCGACUCAUGAAGCGCAGUUCCCCGAACGACUCCAGGCAUCAGCAGGAAAAUGGAAAGAUUGGGAGAGCUAAGGAAAUCGUAAAGGAUGGGGAAGUCGAAGCUAGACCUACAGACUGAAGUCUCCUGUUGCUAUAGAGAUGAACAAUCACAAAGGUAGAGCUUCGACUCUGGAAGGAGAGAGAAGAAUGAAAGUGGAAAAGACAGCGGGAUACCAGGCUCUGCAUUUCUCAGCUCAAAAAGAAUCCAAGAUGUUACUGUAGCAAAAGAGGUUAAAGUAGCAAAAGUAAAAAAAAAAAAAAAAAAUCAAACUCUCUUUUUUCUCUCUUUCUUCCUCUUUCAUUCUCCGAUCCAUUUUGAAGUCAAUCUACUGUAAAGCUGAAAUCCACGAGAGCUGCUAGUUAGCCAACAGUCAGAGAGAAUCCGUUGGACUUAUUAAUUAUCGUGGUCUGAUUUGUCUCUUAUGGUUUAGUGAUAAAGUGCUGUGUAGACUUAUGAAUAGGUGAUUGCUUUGACUUCAACUAAGUAACAUGGUCAAUUGUGAGAAAACAGAAGAUUGCUUCUAACAUUGUGAGUUUUUCAAAAACAGAAUAAGAAACAAUAUUUUCUAGAUGAUGUUUUAGUGGAACUCAAUGGCACGUGGCUUUGAUUUUUUUGUAGCAUGUAUUGUAUCUUCCGGGUUUAGAUUGCAAAGCAAUUGGCAGACCUGUUCUUACGGUGCCUUUAUUUUAUUUUAUUAUUUAUUUAAAAUGAAACCUCUAUAGACUGAAUUUUAUAUGAAGUUAUCUGAAAUUAACAAGCUCAUUUCAGCAGAGAAUUGUAAAGAAAUGUUGUGUAAACCAAAGGGUACAAACAAAGGACAUAAAUUAAAUAUUUGAGUGUGAAAUCAAAAAGGACUUAAAAAAAUGUUAGAUUAAAUUGUGACAGCAUAAACACUCUUUUUCAAACUUGCCUCUGAAAAUUAUGUGUGGAAAUAUUGUGCAAGUGCCUGAAUUUCUGUCAUGUGAAUUUAAUUAACAUUCUGUGUGGGAACACUGGCCACAAGAUACAGGAAAAAAAGAAUACGUGCAAAAGAACAAAAUGUUUUUCUUUCCCAAUUUUCCUUUUUAGUUUUACAAUGCUGUUCUUUGUCAGUGUAUAUAUACAUAAACAUUUUUGUAUUUUUAAAAAGUAAAUCAUUUCUACAGAGUAAUUUAUAUCUGAAUGUCACUCUAUAGUAAAUUUGUAUCGUUUUAUUUAUUGUAGCGUGCACGUAUGAGUAUGUGUGCGACUGUGAUAUUUGAAAGUGGGAGUAUUAUUACACUUUAAGGGUGUUUCUGUAUAAAAAAUACAUGUUUAAAUGUUUUUCUUUUGUGCAAAUGUAAAGCCUUAGAAAGAAACAUGUCUAUUUUUGUUAAACAGAAAAAAGUGUAGUUUUAAAUUUUGCUACAUAAAUAUCUUUGUGACUUUGAUGACAAUAAACAGUGGAUUUGAAAAGA